AUGUUUAGUAGGACCGAUUUGGUUCAGGUCCCCGAGGUGAGUGGACGGCUGAGUUUGGGAAUGCCGCCGGCCAAGGCGGCCGUCGCGGUGCCCUUUGCUUACAAAGUUGCCGGCCUGGGAGUCCCCAACGUGCUGGAUCUGGGUUCCGGAAAGGGCUACAUGGCUCGAAUCCUGGCAAACGAGUUUGCACUUAAAGUGUGCUGCGUCGAUCGCGAGCCCGAUCGACUCCGGUCCAGUCUGCGUGUGCACCGUCUUAUCCAAACGGAAAUCGUCACCGACACCACGCUUGUUCCUUCUGGUAAGAUGGUCACUGUGGCGGGGGACAUCGCGGACGAUCGUCCCAUCUGGUCCCGGGCGGCGCGUUUCUAUCGACUCGACACACCCGUGCACCAGGAAAUACAGGAAGUUGUAGUAGCUGGUCUGCAACUGUGCGGCGAAUUGGUGUACCAUGCUGCGGACCUGGCCAUGAAUUGUCCCAAAGAUCAAGUUCGCGUUUCGCGACUGGUUGUGGUUCCCUGCUGUUUGCACCGGAUCGAGCGUUUACGAUGCUCAAAAGUGACAGGUCCAAACAUUCUCGCAGAUACGAUAUUCGCCGACAUUCGACAGUACUUACUGGAUAAAGGAUUUGGGGAAGUGCAAAUUGAGUACUUGAAUGAUGGUUACUAUUGUGUGGAGGCUUCAGUGCCUGGAUGA